CAACAAAACCAGAAGAAUCCACUUGCUUUACUCUCAGAGUAGAACAACAAGAAUCAAUCCAAGAUGAAGACUCUCAGUGUUGUUCUUGCAGUGGCCAUUAUUCUGGCCUGUAUUUAUCUUCAGGAGAGCUCAGCCAGUAGAACACAAGAGCUGGAUGAGGUGAUGGACAGUGACAGUCCAGUUGUUGCAUACGACGAGAACUUUGAGGGAUCCUGGAAGAUGCCGUAUACCAACAGACACAAGCGAGGCUUCACAUGUCGCUUCUGCUGUGGCUGCUGCCAACGUGGUGUUUGUGGACUGUGUUGCAGAUUCUAA